UAGCGCUACGUUUAAUUUAAUCUUCAGUCGCUCCGGAACUCACGUCGGGUGCAGGUAUCGCAAUAACGAAUCUAGUGCUUGUGUGUUUCUGUAAUAAAUAUCUCUAACGCAUUCGUGAUUUGACCAGUCAGCUUGUUAUUGUUCACGGCUUUCUUUGAGAACCCAAUACAGUAUUUCAUCAAGCUAUACAUUUCGCGAAAUCAAGAGAAAAAUAAAAAGUAUAUCAUCGAAAAUGGGUGGCAUGACACAAAGACCGUGGACACCAACAAAGAGGCGAGGUCCUAUCGCUGCAGAGUAUAGUAGCCCGGGUCCUGCUUGUGUAACAUUACCACCAUUAAUCGGAAAAACUGUUCCCGACUCGAAACGAGGCAGAGCGCCCGCUUUCUCGUUUGGCAGCAGACACGCGACGAAGAAUGACAGUCCUGGACCGGGUCCUGGUCAAUACAACGUUUCCGGGCUUAGUUCCAAAGGUAAAGAUGCUGCACAAGCAUCAUCAUUGCAUGGUCGCACAAAAUCCACGAAACAGGAAGUGACACCAGCUCCUGGCGAUUAUAAUCCGGAAAAAGCCGGAAAGAUUAUAAUGGAUAGCUCACCGAAAUAUUCAUUCGGGAUCAAAACGCAAACCGAGAAGAUUAGUUGUACACCUGCACCAAAUGAUUACUGCACCGAAAAGGUGAAUCUCGACAAAACCCCCGAAUAUAGUUUUGGGUUGAAACCUGUACUGGACAAAUCAAGCGAUAUACCUGCACCUGGUACUUACUGUCCGGAAAAGGUAAGAUUGAACAAUACACCGCAAUUCAGUUUUGGACUCAGGCCUUCCCUCGAAAAACCGAGCGACACCCCAGCACCUGGCACGUAUAGCCCUGAAAAAGCCAAUUUGGAUAAGGGUCCUCAAUACAGCCUUACUGGGAAAGGACGAGUAGAAAAACCUGACAACACCCCUGCGCCAGGUACAUAUUGUCCAGAAAAAGUAAAAUUGGAUACAACACCUCAAUUUACUUUUGGUCUGAGGACACCUCUCGAAAAAAUAAGCGACACUCCAGCCCCUGGUACUUACAAUCCUGAAAAAGUCAAUUUGGAUAAGAGUCCCCAGUAUAGUUUAAGCGGAAGACAUUUUUAUGAUAAAGUAGAUAAUAAUCCAGCACCAGGAACUUAUGCACCUGAAAAAGUAAAUCUUGAUAAGGCACCACAGUAUAGUUUUGGAAUAAGAACACCUCUUGAUAAACCAAACACUAAUCCAGCACCUGGAGAUUAUUGUCCAGAAAAGGUGAACUUGAAUAAAGGUCCAGAAUAUAGCUUAAGUGGUAAAGGAUCUUCUGAGAAACCAAUUGAUAACCCUGCACCAGGUACGUAUAGUCCUGAAAAAGUAAAUUUAAGCAAAGGUCCACAAUAUAGUUUGUAUGGAAAAGGAAUUUCAGAAAAACCAAACGAUAAUCCAGCACCAGGCACUUAUAGUCCUGAGAAAGUAAAUUUGGACAAAGGUCCUCAAUUCAGUUUAUCUGGUAAAGGUUUACCAGAGAAGCCUAAUGAUAAUCCAGCACCUGGAACAUACAGCCCUGAGAAGGUAAAUUUAGAUAAAGGGCCCCAAUAUAGCUUAUCAGGAAAAGGUACACUGGAAAAAUCCAAUGACAACCCAGGCCCUGCUGAUUACUAUCCAGAGAAAGUACUAAAUUUGGAACAUAAACCUUAUUUCAGUUUUGGUAAUAGAAAGCCCUUGGAAAAGCCUAGGGAUACACCAGCUCCUGGUACUUAUUCUCCAGAAAAAGUCAAUUUAGAUAAAUCGCCACGUUAUUCGUUUGGUUUAAAAACAUCUUACGAAAAAACUAGUGAUAUACCUGCUCCAGGAAGUUAUCAUCCUGAAAAGGUAAAUUUGAACAAAUCACCUCAUUAUAGUUUUGGAGUUAAGCCUGAAGUACACGAAACGGAUUCGAUACCAGGUCCAGGUGAAUACAGUCCAGAAAAAGCUAUGCUUUUAUUGGAAAAAGCAUUGCGAUUUACUUUUGGUCUUAGAACAAGUAUAAAUAGACCAGAUGAUAUUCCAGCUCCGAACGUUUAUAAUAUUCCUUCUGCUCUCGGCGGAACAAAGGAAGGAAACAAAAAAACAGCACCGGCUUACUCUAUCUCUGGUAGACAGAAAGUUUCUACAGAUGAUCGUGUUUUAGUUCCUGGACCUGGAACAUACGAAGCUGUUAAACCAGAUGCAGUCAGAGUGAAAAGUCCUGCUUAUAGCAUAAGUGCCCGCUAUCAGCUGCCCGAUGAUCAUUCCCAGAUUCCAGGACCUGGAGCUCAUUGUCCAGAAAAAGUAAUUCUUGACAUUCCUCCAGCACAUUCAUUUGGUAUUAGACACUCACCAUAUAUAUGCAACCUGAAGGACGUCGUUUAUUAACAUAAGAACCUUAUGCGAUUUGGCUUUCAUCGUCGUUCUACCUUGAAAGAACAGACCACAUACAAUUGAUGCAACAAUAACAAUAUUUUAUUGUAAAACAAUAACUUCUCAUGCGAACAACUGAUUUCUGAAUGCUUUGCUAAAAUGACUACAAAACAUUGUUUAAUUUGUAAUUAAAACAUUGGUGUUACUAACUGUUCAAAUAUAAGAAAAAUAUUUCUAAAUAAAAAAAAAACACAUUUAACAAUUUUAUGCAUAUUACAAAUUGUGAUAAUGACGAUAUUAAUUAGAUGACAUCUUUUACAUAGUACUGAUAUCAAAUGAAAUAGUAACCUAACCUUUCUAUUUUUUCAUGUAUACUAUAUUUAUUUCAAAAAUUUGACGAAAUAAAUAUUCUGCACAUUAAACCUA